AUGGGAUUAGCAGGUCAAAAGGAAAAACAACGCAUCAGUUCCGAUCCAAACAACUUGAACUGGAGCAAAGACGAGUCCAAGUUUGGCUUUAGAAUGCUUCAAAAGAUGGGCUGGAGUCCAGGAAAAGGUUUGGGUGUCAACGAAGACGGCAAAAAGGAACAUAUCAAAAUCAGAUUAAAAGACAAUACCCUCGGUGUGGGCGCUACCAAGAAGAGUGUGGAUAAUUGGUUAGGGAAUACAGAUGCAUUUUCAAGACUAUUGGCCGAUUUAAAUUCUCAAACACCUUCAGAAACAAGUAGUGUUGCCGAUGAAUCCCAAGAGGAAGAUGAUACCAAGGAUAAAAAGAAGAAAAAAGAAAAGAAAGAGAAAAAGGAUAAGAAGGAAAAGAAGGAGAAAAAGGAAAAGAAAGAAAAGAAAGAAAAGAAAGAGAAAAAAGACAAGAAAGAAAAGAAAGAGAAGAAGGAGAAAAAGGACAAGGAAGAGAAAAAGAGAAAGAGAGAUAGCGAUGAUGAUAAAGUAGAGACAAAGAAGGCCAAGACAGAAGAGGAAAGUAAACCAGCUGUUGUUUUACGAAAUGCUGCUCGUGCCAAAUUUUUACGUGCAAAGAAGAUGGCUACUAGCAACAGUGGAGAUAAAUCACAUUUAAAUGAAAUCUUGGGCAUCAAAUCAUCAUCAUCUACAACAACUACAACAAACAAUAAUCAAGGAUAUCAAACUUUUGAAACUUCAUCUUCAACAUUUAUGGCUGCAUUUACUGUUUAA